AUGGAGGUUUGUGAUUAUAUCGAGUUCGGCCUCCCCGGAUCCGUGCUUUACCGGGGAUUUCUCCUGUCCGACCCUCCCGCUUUCACCUCCACCGCACCUGGUGCUGUUACCGCGUCCAACAAAUCUUGGUCUUCGUCUUCACCUUUGCCGAAUUCUACCAAUCAGUCUGGGCGCGAUCAGGAGGACGCCACGAUCCUCCACCCGAUCUCCACGUGGAAUGACGUUCCGAUCUGCCCUGCUGACUCAGCUUUAUCUCGCGGCGGCGGCGGCGGAUUCGCUCUUGAAGCGGCGGGUCGGGAUGGGCUUAUGGCGGGCGGCAGCAUUUCUAUGGUUUGCUGCACGCCGCGUAACUCGUGGGUGCAAAUCGAGGCGGCUUGUAACGAGGCGUGGCACCCUCUGCGCGUCCGCCAGGUGGACGGCUUACCCGCUCAUUACAGUCACAAUCUCGAUUGGAACCUCGGGAUCAUCCCGCAGACGUGCUCCUGUCGCCAAGGCGACAACGGCGGAGCGGAUCCCUUGUCUGGAUCUGGCGACAAGGCAUGCGACGCGGCGACAUGCGCGACCAUGUGCGACAAUGCAUGCGACAGGGCGAGCGACGAGCAUCAUGCGCCGCUGGAGGUGAUCGAAAUCGGGAUCGGAGAGGCUCGAGUGGGGCAGGUGUAUCCGGUGAAGCCGCUGCUCGCGUUCCUCGUCGUCAGCCCCGAUCUCAAGUCCUCCUGGAAGAUCGUGGCCGUCGAUUCGUCAGAUCCGAUGGCUGCGGCGCUGCUGGAUACGCGAAGCGGUUACCCGGUUUGGUUGGAGGCGAAGCUGCGCGAAAUCGUGGAGUGGCUGAAAUACUACAAGUUCGAUCUGCCCAGCACCAUCGCGGGUCGUGAGAAGCCAGCGCCCUUGCAUCGCACCAUCGCCGCCAUCAGCGCCGCCCAUUCCGCCUGGUCGCACUGCCACCGCCAUAGCCGCUGCUGCAGCAGUAUCGCCGCUACAAGCACCAACACUAGCAGCAGCAUUGAGAGGGGCGGCGUUGCACUGAAGGAUCUGAGGCAGCUCGCAGAGGAAACGGCCUCCGCUGCUCUCACCAACGCCAUCUCUGAAUUCGCCCGUGUGCCCUUCGCCGAACCUGCAUCCGUACCUGCCGCUGCUGUUGGUGCUGCUGCUGCCUCGACUGACGCUGUUGCCGAGCCGGUGGGUCAGGCUCGGAAGCUACGCGUAUUCCGAAGGUCAGGCUCGGAGCCCAGCCGUUAUGGCAUGCGGAAGCAGGGCAUUUCUAUCAAGCUCGAGAAUUUAGUGAAUUAUGCUGGCGAGCUUUCAAAUCGAAUUGACGAGCGAGCAGAUGGUGCAACAGCAGCAGCAGCAGCAGCAGCAGCAGCAGCAGCAGCAGCAGCAGCAGCAGCAGCAGCAGCAGCAACAGCAGCAGCAGCAGCAGCAGCAGCAGCAGCAGCAGCAGCAGCAGCAGCAGCAGCAGCAGCAACAGCAGCAGCAGCAGCAGCAGCAGCAGCAGCAGCAACAGCAGCAGCAGCAGCAACAGCAACAGCAGGCGCAGAAGUGGGGAGGAUUGGCGCGCAUGAAGGAGCGGUGGCAGCAGCAGCGCCAGCAGCAGCAGCAUCAAGAGAAACAGCCUCAGCAGAAGGGGAAGGAGCAGCAGGAGGAGAAACAGGCGCAGCAGCAGGUGACGCCGCAGCAGGAGGGGAGAAGAUUGACCAGGCACUGGCGAUCGUCGUCGUCCUGUGCUCUUGA